GUUUGAAUACAAAGUUGAAGGAAGCAAAAAUCUUUCUAGUAUUCAAAGUAUAAUUAUGGAAAUAGAAUCUAAUUCUGAAGCUCAAUAAAAUUCUGUUAAGUAGUUUUGAAAUUUAUUUAGUUACUAAUUAGUUUACCACAAAAAAUUGAGUGUGAUCCUCAUCAAAUUUGUGGCACGAUGUUUGGCAUCAGUAUAAUUGACAACAUGUGGUCAGUGUUUACAUUCUCGAUAGAAUAUUUAAGUUUGUUUUUUGAUAUUCAUAUUUCAUGAAAAAUUUUUGAUUAUGGAAAAUUCUGAAGAAACAGUCUCAGCUCUUGCUACAAAUAGUGAUCAACCGCCCUUGUCAAAACGUCAAAAGAAGAGGCUGGAAAAGCGGAAAAAAUGGAUUCAGCAAAAACCUUUGCGACGAGCGAAAGAAAAACUGAAACGCAAGCAGAAAAUUCAAGCUGCUAAAGAAAAUGGGCGUGAUUUAGGACCAAGUCGAAAGAUACUGAAAUCUCUGAAAAUGGCAGAUUCUUCAUGUAAACUGAAAGUAUGUUUUGAUUUGUCAUUAGCCGAUGUAAUGACACCCCCAGAAUUUUCUAAAACAUUUAAACAGUUGCAUAGGUGUUAUUCCAUAAACCGAAGAGCAAAAGCUCCAUUGCAGUUAUAUAUUACUGGCUUCACCGAUAGCACGAAGGAAACAAUGAGUAAAAUGUCUGGAUGUUUUAAUUGGGAUGUAAAUUUCAGUCAGGAAUUGUAUAGCAAAGUAUUCUCUAAAGAAGAUAUUAUAUAUUUAACCAGUGACUCACCGAAUGUGCUUGACGAGUUAGAUUAUAAUAAAGCUUACAUAAUUGGUGCACUUGUUGAUCAUAACAGGUUGAAAAAUAUAUGUUACGAAAGAGCUCAGAAGGAAGGUGUUGGACACGCAAGGUUACCAUUAGAUAUUCAUUUUAAAUUUAAAACUAGAAAAGUUUUAACCAUUGAUCAGGUGUACUUAAUAUUCUUGAGAUUAACUGAAGGUAAGUCUUGGAUAGAGGCUAUCCUCGAAACAGUGCCAAAACGUAAAGGUGUUGAGUUAUUGAAUGAUUCUUACGAACUGUCUAGAAAUUCCUUUGUGGAGGGUAUAAAAGGUAGUGUAUUAACAAAUGUAGAUUCGAAAGACACUUGUAAUGACAAAACUACAGAGUCUGAAAAUAUUAAAUGAGUAAAAAUUAAUAGUCAUAUAAUUUUGUGUGUUUGAUAUAUCUUGCUAUUUUUUGUGCAUAAAGUAUAAGGAGAAGUAAGAAGCAUUUCUCAUGUUGAUCAAUCAAGCAAUUUUAUCUUGAAGCAAAUAUUUUUUGGUUUAGUAUGGUAUUUAGAACUGCAAAAUAAAAGUGCAAUUAUAUA